GAGGCCUCCAGCCCUGACCGCCACCCCGGAUUUCCUGGGCAGGCCCAGGGACACUUUCUUCUCUGACGUGACCAAGUCGGCGGGGCCAGCAAGCCGGGCAAGAUAAAAGGAUGGGGCUGAAAGGGGCAAGGGCACACCACCAGGAUGGCCGUCUGGGCAAAGGCAGAAGCGUGGCUGGCAGGGCCUUGGCUGGCCCUGCACAGGGCACGCCCGCUGAGCACCAGAGCUGCUCUGGCCCCUAAGGCGGUGCUGCCCUUCGAAGCCAUACCCCAGUGUCCCGGCAACAAGUGGAUGCGGGUGCUGCAGCUUUGGAGGGAGCAGGGCUUCGAGAACAUUCACCUGGACAUGCAUCAGAUCUUCCAGGAGCUGGGGCCCAUUUUCAGAUUUGACGUGGGAGGCAGGCACAUGGUGCUGGUGAUGCUGCCUGAGGACGUGGAGCGGCUGCAGAAGGUGGAAGGCCUUCACCCCCAGCGGAUGUUCCUGGAGCCCUGGCUGGCCUACCGACAGCUCCACGGGCUCAAGUGUGGCGUGUUUUUGCUAAACGGGCCCGCCUGGCGUCUGGACCGACUGCAGCUGAACCCGGGCGUGCUGUCGCUGCAGGCCAUGCAGAAGUUCACACCCCUGGUGGACGGGGUGGCCAGGGAUUUCUCCCAGGCCCUGCGGGAGAGGGUCAUGCAGAAUGCCAGGGGGAGCCUGACCCUGGACGUCAAGCCCAGCAUCUUCCGCUACACCAUCGAAGCCAGCAACUUAGUCCUUUUUGGAGAGCGGCUGGGCCUCCUGGCCCAUCAGCCGAAUCCCGAAAGCCUGGACUUCAUCCACGCGCUGGAGAUCAUGUUCAAGUCCACUGUGCAGCUCAUGUUCAUGCCCAGGAGCCUGUCGCGCUGGACGAGCACCGGCACAUGGAGGGAGCACUUUGAGGCCUGGGACUGCAUCUUCCAGUAUGCCAACAAAGCCAUCCAGAGGCUCUAUCAGGAGCUGACCCUGGGCCAUCCGUGGCACUACAGCGGCGUCGUGGCAGAGCUGCUGACACAUGCAAACAUGACCGUGGAUGCCAUCAAGGCCAACUCAAUCGACCUCACGGCCGGGAGCGUGGACACGACAGCCUACCCCCUGCUGAUGACUCUGUUCGAGCUGGCCCGGAACCCAGGAGUGCAGCAGGCACUCCGCCAGGAGAGCCUGGCAGCCGCGGCCAGGAUCUCGGAAAACCCCCAGAGGGCAAUCACCGAGCUGCCUCUGCUGCGGGCGGCCCUCAAGGAGACCCUGAGGCUGUACCCCGUGGGUAUCUUCUUGGACCGACACGUGAGCUCAGACUUGGUCCUGCAGAACUACCACAUCCCGGCCGGGACCCUGGUGAAGGUGCUACUCUACUCCCUGGGUCGAAACCCCGCCGUGUUCGCCAGACCGGAGCGCUAUCACCCCCAGCGCUGGCUGGACAACCAGGGCUCGGGCACCAGGUUCCCACACCUGGCCUUCGGCUUUGGCGUGCGCCAGUGCCUGGGGCGGCGCCUGGCACAGGUGGAGAUGCUACUGCUGCUGCACCACGUACUGAAAAACUUCCUGGUGGAGACGCUGGUGCAAGAGGACAUAAAGAUGAUCUACCGCUUCAUACUGACGCCCUCCACCCUCCCCCUCCUCACCUUCCGGGCCAUCAACUAGUCCCGCCGCCGCGCUGUCCGCCCAGCCGCACCACAGUCCCCUCUGCCUGACCCCAGGCCACCCCUGUUUCCUCCCAUGGGCCCUGCUUCUUGAGCCACACUCUGCCCGGCCAGCACUUGGCGCAAGCGAAACGGCCCAGGCCCUCUGAGGGUCAGGGCCUGCCAGCCUGGGCAGCAAGGCCAGGGCAGAGCUGGGGAUGAAACUGGAUGGCCAGCCCUGGCUGUGUGCCCCGUCUCGCCCGGGCCUUCUCCAGCAAGGGGCACCUCAGAGGGCCUUUGGCCCCCUCUGGUCCCAGCGCUGGCUCCAGGCUCCUCGUGGGUCCAUCCAAGCAGGGGACUCGUGUCCCGCCCUUUGCCUCCCCGUACAGUCCCAUGUGCCCCUGGGCUCAACUCUGCUGCCAACCUGGGAUCCCUGUCCUGUCACUGCCAUUUCAAAUGCCACCCGUCCCCUUUGUCUGCAGUGCUGUGGUGUGGACUCGCCCUUCAGGCUGGGUUGUCACUUGUCCUGUCGGUCCCGCUCAGCCCACUUGGGCUCCCGCGGGCAGUGCAGGUCCUCCACGAUGGUGGCGGAAGCGCCCGGCUAAGGCAGGUCGGUCGGGAGUCUGCUUACUAGAAGAGCUAUCUGGGCCCAGGGUAUCGCUCUGAAAGGAGGAGGGAUGGCAAAAAUGGCCCUCUAGGUGGAGGCAGGGCGACUACCGAGAAGCCUCUCAAAGGGCCGUGGCUCCAGCUGGUGCUCCCUUUAGCAAAGCCAGUCUGAGACACCCGGCUGCCCUCUCCCAGGGGCCACAGCAGAGGGGCCACUCCGACCUCGUGGGUGGAAGGGGUUGGAAUAGGUGAGAGCCAGCCGGGGAUGCCCACCUGGCUGGAGUGGGCAGUCUGUACCGUGUCACCUGUCCCCAGGUGACACACCCAGGUCGAAAGGGAGCCUAGAGGCAAGAUGAGGGGAGCUGGAGACUCUGCUCGCCCUCUCUCUCCUUCCCCACCUGUGCACCCUGUCUAGUGACAGCCAGGUAUGGGGUCACAGCAAGGCGGUGAGGGAGGAGGGGUGGCGUGUCUGGCUGCAGAGAACCUGCCGGCACGGAGACCCCCAAGGCACCUGGUCAGUCCCGAACGCCUGGAGGUGGCUGAGGGGUACACCCUUCUAGCUGCUCCACUCCACCCACGAGGCGGGGAGGUUUAGGGCUGCUGCCGAGAGUGUGGUCUCCCCUCCCCGGCACUGCUGAGGGGGACUUGAAGAAUUGGCGAGAAGAGAGGAGGGUGCAGACGCUGUGGCCACACAGGCGCAGGCAGGAGCCCUGGCUCACCACGAGGGCCGGCCCUCAAGCCCUCCAGCAUUUCUAGUCCUAGGAGAUGACUAUCAGUGGCUUGCCAUUCCUCCGGUGGCUCUCAUGGCUUUUGCAUUAGGUUUAUGCUGCCACGGAGCGUGUGUCGGGGAGCAGCCCCCGCCAGUUCUUGCCCGGAGGGGUCCGUGUGAGCCUGGGGGGGUCUUCGCCCACGACGCCAGGGAGCUACUCGCCAGGGAAGCACUCUCUGGUUGGUAGCUUUUGCAGGAAGGACGCAGGACCCUGCGGCCUCAGGCUCUCACUGUGAGUCAGGCGUGUUUCAAGUUCUUGUUCAUCUCACGGGGACCCUCGCCUUCUCACAGGGACCCCAGUCGUUUGAGGCUUGUUGAUGCUCCUUGUGUCACAGCCUGACCUCAGCCCUGCAAGGGCCAUAGUCAACCCCGCACAAAAGGUGAACGUGGGCAUCGCCGGGUCUGCUGUCACACACGCUGACUGCGCCCGGGUUGGGAACGGUGUCGCUCAGACCUUCCAGAGCAGAGGAUGGCAACCCAGAGGCGGUGGGACCAACCCGGCCCACCACCUGGGUCUAUGAAGAAACCGUGGUUGGAACACAGGGCAGAGCAUGUGCUUCCUGACUCUCCAGGGCGGCUCCCACUUGCAGAGGCAGUGCUUACCUUGCCACAGUGUGACAGAAAUCCUUUGGUUGGCACUCAAAUUGUAGACCAUUUCUAUAUUUUAUUUCCAAGC